AAUAUAAUAUUGGGAAUAGUAGUUUCGAAACUCUCAUUUGUUGGGUAGUUAAGAACGGCAAGGGUUUCUAUUUGGAAUUGGCGACGUCAUUUUCACACAAAUAAAUCUUCUCAAAAACACUCUCCUCUAAAAUUUUACUACUUUAAAAUCCCAUUUCGCUAAUAUUAUCCACUUGUAUACUAUAAUUUCCUCAAACGUUCAUAAACUUCCUCUUCUUCACUGUUUCUGCAGAACCCAUUUUCUUAAUCUCCAGAGAAAGUGAAUCAAUUUGCUGGCUUACUCAAAGGUUUGGAAGAAGCUGCAAAGCAUUUGCUUUUACGUGGAGUCACCUUUGAUUCAUUAAUUGUGUUUCACUGGUGCGAAGCAGUGAGUGAGAUCUUCAAGGCAUACUCGGUAGCCUGUCAUGACUGAAGAUACAACCUCUUUAAGUUACUGGUUGAAUUCAAGGGUUUUCCUCUGUGCUUUAUGGAUCUUAUUCGCCAUCGUUUCAGCAUCCGUUAUAAUAUGGAAAUAUGAAGGCUCCAAGAAAUCAAAAUCUGACAGGAGAGGAAACAAGGAAGAAACAGUUGGGUCAUUGUAUGAGGACCAAGCUUGGAACACAUGUCUUACAUGUAUCCAUCCUGCUUGGUUGCUUCUUUAUAGAGUGAUUGCUUUCACAGUUCUUUUUGCGUUGAUCACUGCCAACAUUGUCACUGCUGCUGGAGGUGUUGAUAUAUUUUUCUUUUACACUCAGUGGACUUUUGCUCUGGUCACAAUCUAUUUCGGGCUUGGAUCCUCAAUGUCCAUAUAUGGAUUAUUAUGCAAAUCCCACAGCAGAGUUGAUGAUGAUGGGUCUUAUCUUCCAAGCAUAGAUGCAGAACAACACCACUACAUACCUCCCAUGCUCAAGGAAACUGCAGAUGUACCCAAUACUUCCAAAGGUUCUAACACCCUUGCAGAACCUUGCACUCGUAAGACUGCUGGUGUAUGGGGCUAUGCCUUUCAAAUUAUUUUUCAGAUGUGUGCCGGAGCUGUAAUUCUUACUGAUAUUGUAUUUUGGCUCGUUCUUUAUCCAUUUCUAUUACCAACUGAUAUUGGUCUGAAUUUGAUUGUUAUUUCUAUGCACUCAGUCAAUGCUGUUGUCCUCGUGGGUGACGUCAUUUUAAAUGACUUGAGGUUUCCUCUGUUUCGAAUUGCAUAUUAUAUCUUAUGGACGUGUACAUUUGUCAUUUUCCAAUGGAUCAUCCAUGCUUGUUCUAACCUUUGGUGGCCAUAUGCAUUUCUCGACUUAUCAUCACCCUGGGCUCCAGUAUGGUAUCUUGGGGUAGGGUUGCUGCAUGUCCCUUGCUUUGGCGUCUUUGCUGCAUUGGUUAGGCUGAAGCACUUUGUGUUGUCAAAAAGUUUCCCAGACUCUUACCGGUGUUGACAUGAGAAGAAGUUGGACUCUGCCAGUUGCCACAUUAUCUGAACGGUUGCUUUUGAUAGAUUAAAUCAGGCAUCUUCUUGAUGCGCUGCUGAUGAUGGUUGUGUUUUGGAAGAAGCAUGUAUUGGUUGUAUGCCAAAUGUAUGGAUUGUCACAUUCAACUUAUUUUCAUGUUGUAAUGUUAAUAUCUCUGUUUUAAGUA